AUUUUGUUAUGGUCGACAGCAGAGUGUGACUGAAGAGAAAGCGAGCAGAAUGAGAGGAUUCUGUCUAAAAAUAAUUUUGAUCAUGUGUCUUUGGAUUGGUUAACAUUCAGCACAGCCUCCUCCGUCUUUGGCCAGUGCCUGUACUCUGGUAGGGUCUGGUGUUUGGAAUGAGCUACUUGAAGUAGCACACACCACUGCAUUUUUCCAGUUUGGUUGCCUUCACUCUGAUCAGUGAGUUCUGUUUUGGAAGGUUGGUCAGCAGUGGUGCUACUCUUUCACUCACUUCCUGCUUUGUGGGCAAUUUAAACUUCCCAAGGUCCAGGAAUGCAUGUAGAAGAGGGUCUUGCAACCCUGGUAAUCACUGCCAUAGGAGGCACUUUGGACCAGUGGGAAGACUCCCUAUGCUCAUCAAAUUAUAGAUUGCAUCGCAUCGUGGAGUAGUUCUGAGAGGGAGGAUUUGGUGGUUCUGAUUUGGUCUAGCCACUCCUGCAACAUUUAUUUCAUUUGCAGAUAUUUUGUGCUUUCUGGCAGUAGCAAGUAGCUACAUUUAACUUGGGUGCAAUUUUCCUGUGCUCCAGUUGGAAGCAGAGGCACCGAGGCUGGCAGAAUAUCAAGCAUACAUUGACUUUGAGAUGAAGCUUGGUGAUCCGGCUCGCAUUCAGCUGAUCUUUGAGCGUGCCCUAGUGGAGAACUGCCUUGUCCCAGACUUGUGGAUCCGUUACAGUCAGUACCUAGACCGGCAGCUGAGAGUGAAGGAUUUGGUUUUAUCUGUGCACAGCCGUGCUGUUAGAAACUGCCCCUGGACGGUGGCCCUGUGGAGUCGGUACCUCUUUGCCAUGGAGAGACAUGGAGUUGAUCAUCAAGAGAUUUCUGUGACCUUUGAGAAAGCUCUGAGCGCUGGCUUCAUCCAGGCCGCUGAUUAUGUGGAAAUUUGGCAGGCAUACCUUGACUACCUGAGGAGAAGGGUUGACUUCAGGCAAGAUUCCAGUAAGGAGCUAGAAGAGCUGCGGUCCACAUUCGCUCGCGCUUUGGAGUAUUUGCAGCAGGAGGUUGAAGAGCGUUUCAAUGAGAAUGGAGAUCCAAGUUGCAUGAUCAUGCAGAACUGGGCCCGGAUUGAGGCUCGACUGUGCAAUAAUAUGCAGAAAGCUCGGGAACUCUGGGACAGCAUCAUGACCAAAGGAAACGCCAAAUAUGCCAACAUGUGGCUUGAGUAUUACAACCUGGAAAGGGCCCAUGGUGACACACAGCACUGCCGGAAAGCUCUGCACCGGGCUGUCCAGUGCACCAGUGACUACCCUGAGCAUGUCUGCGAAGUGUUGCUUACUAUGGAGAGGACAGAAGGUACAUUAGAAGAUUGGGAUAUGGCCAUCCAGAAAACUGAGACUCGGUUAGCGCGUGUGAAUGAGCAGAGAAUGAAGGCUGCGGAGAAGGAGGCAGCCCUUGCACAGCAAGAGGAAGAAAAGACUGAACAGCGAAAGAGGGUGCGAGCUGAGAAGAGAGCACUGAAAAAGAAGAAAAAAGCCCCAGGCACAGACAAGCGCAAAGCAGAUGAGGAUGAGAAAGAGUGGGGUGAUGAGGAAGAAGAGCAGCCUUCCAAACGCCGAAGGAUGGAGAACAGCAUGCCCCUGGCUGGAGCAGCUCCAGCUAUGGAAGAGGAAGCAGGGCUGACUAGGAAAUGUGCAGCCGUGGAUGUCGCUCCCCCUUCAAAGCAGAAAGAGAAGGCAGCCUCCCUGAAGCGGGACAUGCCCAAGGUGGCCCAUGACAGCAGUAAGGACAGCAUCACUGUCUUUGUCAGCAACCUGCCUUACAGCAUGGGGGAGCCCGAAGCGAAGCUCAGGCCAGUCUUCGAGGCCUGUGGGGAGGUGGUGGAGAUCCGCCCCAUCUUCAGCAACCGUGGUGACUUCCGAGGCUACUGCUAUGUGCAAUUCAAAGAGGAGAAGUCAGCCCUGCAGGCCCUGGAGCUGGACCGCAAGAACGUGGAAGGGAGGCCAAUGUUUGUUUCCCCCUGUGUGGACAAAAGCAAAAACCCCGAUUUUAAGGUGUUCAGAUACAGCACUGCCCUGGAGAGACACAAGCUGUUCAUCUCAGGCCUGCCCUUCUCCUGCACUGAAGAGGAGCUACAAGACAUCUGUAAGGCUCAUGGCACCGUGAAGGACCUCAGGCUGGUCACCACCCGGGCUGGCAAACCAAAGGGUCUGGCCUACGUGGAGUACGAAAAUGAAUCCCAGGCGUCGCAGGCUGUAAUGAAGAUGGAUGGCAUGACCAUCAAAGAAAACGUCAUCAAGGUGGCGAUCAGCAAUCCCCCUCAGAGGAAAGUCCCUGAGAAGUCUGAGGCGAGGAAAGCUCCAGGUGGCCCCAUGAUGCCGAGACAGAUAUACGGAGCGCGUGGGAAGGGGAGGACCCAGCUCUCCCUGCUGCCUCGAGCCCUCCAACGCCCGAGUGGUGCAGCUCCUCAGGCCGAGAAUGGCCCUGCUCCACGUCCAGAAGUUGCCACCUCUGCAGCCACCGAGGCACCCAAGAUGUCCAAUGCCGAUUUUGCCAAGUUGCUCCUGAGAAAGUGAAUGGGACUCUGAGAGAUGGGAAAUGCCUUACUUCAUGCUGGCCGGGUAGACCCCUGCCACCCAGCAGCACCCUGGGAGCUGAGGGCUGGGCGCAGUGCUGGUGCUCCUAGAAAGGGCAGGUGUUCCACGCACAGGGUGGAAGUGCUCCCUCACAUUGAGGGCGGGAAGAGGUCGGCCCAGGUGAUCGUUCCGAGAUCCUUCUGUGUCCUGGAGUCCUAGAGUGACGAGCAGCAGUGACCCUGGAACGUGGCUUCUGAGACCCACUUGUCCCAACCUUUUGCCACCUCUGAUCCUUUUUAUAAGACACUUCUCUCACACUCCACACCCAUGUGCCCUCGUUCUUUAAGUUUUAAAAGCAAAUGGCAGAUGCUAGUCACACACCAGAAUGGCCUAUUUUAGUAAUGUGUGGGGAGGGGAAAUCACACACACAAAAACCACUUGAUGGUUUUUUGUCCAAGGGGCUGAGAGGUUUUUCUAUUACAUAUUUGUAAAUGACAGGUCAGCCUGUUUUCUGUUUCCUAAAAGCAAAGUAUUUGCAACAUUUGUUUUCUCUUGGAGUUCUGUACCACCUGCUGUGGACCUUUUUUUUUGCCUAGUGAUUAGUGGAUGUAUUUUCUGUCUGAACAUUGGGUUUCAGCCCUUUGGUUUUGUAUAAGAUGCCAUGUCGAGUACAAACGUAAAUUCUCCCCAUUUAGCUUUGUUUAUUAAACUGAAGUUCUCUUCAAAAAGCCUUGUGCAAAAGUAUUGGGAUGUUACUCACUCACAGAUGUGUAUUUUGAGAUGGGUGUACCUUGCUUUAUCCAAUAGACGUGUAAAUAGAACUUUUGUAAGUCAAAUCCUGGUGUCACUUUGAUUUAAUUAUUUCAUCAGUGAGCCGUCUUCAGUUUUAAAUUUGAGAUUACAGCAGUUUGACCCUGGCUUUUAAGCUCUUUUACCUGUCAUUUUUUUAUCAGGUAGUUACUGCUUUGAAGGUAGCAUUGGCAGUUCAGUAGGGAAACUUACUCUAUAAAGGCACUUUGGAGAAAACCAUCGGGAAUACUUUUGUGUGUAAUGGAAAGCAGCUCAUUUGUAAGUGUAAGUUUUGGUGUAUCAGGAAGGCUUCUCUGUAUUUGGUUUUUGCAGUAUUGGGUUGGAAACGAAGGCUUUUGCUCUACCACUGAGCUAUACCUACAGCCUACAUUUUUUUGUUGUUGUUGUUUUGUUUUUGUGGUACUUGGGUUUAAACUUAAGGCCUUGUUAGCAGUGGC